AUAGGUGUGUGUGCGUGUGGCGUGUGCUGCCCUCUGUUGUCGGAGCUUGACAGGCCACGUCAUUUUUCGGUGUUUUGGCGAGUAUCUAAUCGAUCAAAAUGAAUAUUUUUAGGCUAACGGGAGAUCUCUCCCACCUUUUAGCCAUUAUUGUUCUUCUCGUGAAGAUUUGGAAAACACGAUCAUGUGCUGGAAUCUCUGGAAAAUCACAGCUGCUGUUUGCGCUUGUGUAUACCACCCGUUAUCUGGAUCUGCUCAGCACAUACAUCUCUGCCUAUAACACAUUCAUGAAGCUUGUCUUCAUAUCUGCUUCAUAUGCAACAGUGUAUUUAAUCUACAUGAAGUUCAAGGCCACUUAUGACCACAAUCAUGACACCUUCAGAGUUGAAUUUUUGAUCUUGCCUGCAUUUGUUCUCUCCAUCCUCAUUAAUCAUGAUUUUGCUGUUCUUGAGAUUCUGUGGACAUUCAGCAUCUAUUUGGAAUCUGUAGCUAUUCUGCCCCAGUUAUUCCUUGUGUCAAAAACUGGAGAAGCUGAAAGCAUCACAUCCCACUACCUCUUUGCUCUGGGUUCAUACCGAGCAUUGUACCUGCUGAACUGGAUUUACCGCUAUUAUGCUGAGGACCACUAUGAUCUCAUUGCAAUUGUGGCUGGUGUUGUACAGACUGUGUUGUACUGUGACUUCUUUUAUCUCUAUGUAACCAAAGUGCUUAAGGGAAAGAAGUUGCAACUACCUGCAUAAGAGACAAGAAGAAUGUCUACUCAAAGCUUUUACUGUACUUGUUCCUCCUUGUGGGACGUUAUUUCCUUGCAAAGUAACAUGCAUGUACAAAAUUACGUCUUGCUCUGUUAAGCAUAUGCGUAGUGAGAUCGCUUGCAGUUAUUGGGCAUUAUUGUUUUCCUCCCAUCAAGUUUUGUCAAACUCCUGUUUAGUAUAUAAUGUAUACUCUAGCAUCUAGAAAACUUAAAUUUUAUCUUGUGAAAUAUUUGAUGGUAUGGAGAAUGGAGACUGAUGACUGCAAUAUUGCAAAGGCAGAAGAGAUCUUACAAUAUCUUCAUAGUCAAAGGGUGUUCCAAUUUAACUCUUGUGCAUAACACUUAAAUUAUUUGAGGGAGAUAAUUUACAUAAGUGACAAGGCCGUGAAGAUGGUGCUUCUUGUUAACCAAGACUUGUAAUUUUCUGUUUGAAUGUGUGAGUGUUUUUUUCUCUUUCUUUUUUUUUUUUUUUUACUCUUGCGUUAGAGGUAUGAUAUAUAUUUAGUGUAGAUAAUAGCAUUUGAGGAUGCACUUUUUAUUGUUUAGCAUUAAAUUUUAUGGGAUUUUCCAAAACUUAAAUUUAAUGUAAUUAUUUCAUGAUUCAUUACAUUAUGCUGUGAAAUUGGAGUAGGGUUUUUUAGUAUUGUCUUCAAUCCAUUAUUCUUGAUGUUGUGAUCCCAUCUUGAAAGAUGAAGACAGUCUUCAAAUACAUAAAUAUUUUUUCUUUCAAAGUUUUUAAAAUGAUCUAUUGUGAGAUUUGGUGUGACUGAAUGUUGACAAAUCACUACAUAAAGUCGUGAUUUUUUUCUAUGGGGACAUUAUUUUAUUAAUGAAUUGCUCUGAAUCCUAAUUAACACAAUUGACUAAACCAUUGACCACUAUUUUCAUCAAGUUUUAAAAUCAUGGGUGGAACUUCUUUCUUGCCUCCCUUUCCACAAUGUAUGCUUGUUUGAUUUAAUGUCAAAUUUAUGGUACAAAUUGGACAGCUGUGUAUGUAGUGUCUUAUUCUGUGUUCAUAAUCAUGCUAAUCAGAUGCAAAGCUCCUGUGAGUGCCAAAGGAAUUGUUAGCAAUACAGCACAAGGAAAGUAAGCAAUUUACUUCAUGAAUUUUUAUUUAUUCAUUUGGUCAGGAUUCAGCAACUGAGCCUUUUCACAGUUGAGCCCAAGCUUUCAUCCAUCCAUCAGAUCAGCAAGCCAUCAGCAGUCCCCUUUAUUCCAAACUAAACCAUUAAGCCUUAUGUAUCUGCUAGUCCAUAAUUGAUUAUCCUAAGGAAGUGUGCUUUGAAAGGUUCUCACCCCACAUUAAAUUGUCUCCUCACAUUAAGUAAGAGAAAUUUCACCUUCUCUCUCUUCUUGAUCUGGUUUCAACAAUUUCUGAAAUUGUGGGAUAUUUUCAAUUGUUUUGCUAGUCCUUUUUUCUAGAUAGAAUAUACUUACCUAGGAUAAAGAGAGGGGCUAUAGGGCAGAUCAUUUGUUUACAUGGCAUUCAUGGCUCAGUUGUAUUUCCAAUGAAACGUUCAGUUUGAAUAAAGAGCAUUUUAUCUA